AGACCAGUCACCAUGGAAGACCCUCCGUUGGCCUCGCUCUCGCUGACCCAUGUCCAUUACAAUCCCAAUGACCCAAUCGCACACGCCUGCGCCUUUCUAGCCCUCGUGCCUCAAGCUCUGUGUAUCACAUAUGCCACUCUAAUAUGGAGCACUCGCGAGGCUGAAGUCGGCCUCAUGUUUGCUGGUCAACUGGCCUGUGAAGCUCUCAAUUGGCUCCUCAAGCGCACCAUCCGGGAAGAGAGGCCAAGCCGUAUGCAUUCUCACACCCUUUCGCAGCCCAUCUUCUUACUCACUCUUCUCCAGGGCUUNACUGGCAAGGGCUACGGCAUGCCCUCAUCGCAUGCACAGUUCGUCUCGUACUUCGCCGUCUCCUUGACCCUGUUCCUCAUGUUGCGACACAACCCUCACGCUCCCAACACCUCGACCACCCACAUCCCAACUUCUACCUUUGAGAGACUUGCCCUGUCUGUCUUGGUCAUCGCCGGUGCUGCUGCCGUCGCCCAGAGCAGGAUAUACCUCAACUACCACACCGAGAGACAAAUCCUGGUCGGCUGUGUCGUGGGCGCNUUCUUUGCCGUCUUC